AUGGAAAUACUCCUAGCGAUUUUUCUUGCUGUUUUAACCGUCUUUGUGGCAAUGGCAUUCUAUUAUGAACACCCUAAGGCAGAAAUCCCUCAUGGAUUUAGUCAGCGUCAAAAGCUUUACAUUUUUCAUUACGUCCUGAACUUCGUGUUUGGGCUGGCAAGAUUUUUGGAUAAAGUAGGUAUCACCUCAGAGGUCUAUUUCCUCAGGGCUGUAAUGGAUGGAAUACCACCAUUAAAAGAUAAACAUCUUUUUAUCAAGGACUUAAGGUUUGAAAAGGUUAAAGUAAGAAUUUACCAGCCAAAAAUAUCAACCACUGGCCAAAGAAGAGGAAUCCUUUAUUUUCAUGGAGGAGUUGGACAGUUUGGAAGCAUUCGGGCCUAUGAAAGAACAUGCCGCUAUCUCGCUAGAAAAAGCAAUUCAGUGGUUGUGUCUGUUGGGUAUCGCUUAGCUCCUGAGCAUCCAUAUCCAACCCAGUUUAAGGAUUGUCUCACUGCCACCACACACUUUAUGAGGACUGCACAAGACUAUGGAGUAGACCCUUCUCGCAUUAUCAUCUGUGGAGACAGUAGUGGAGGUACACUCACUGCUGCUGUUGCCCAAGCACUGGUGAACAGAAGAGAUCUCCCAAAGCUGAGAGCACAAAUCCUAAUAUAUCCUUUUCUCCAGUGUGUGGACUUUAAUUUGCCUUCUUAUCAGCAGAAUGAGGGAGUCCCCAUUCUGUUAAAGGAACGAACCCUUGCUCUUGGUUUGAGGUAUCUUAAUAAAGACUUGUCAAUCAUGGAAGCAAUAUCUAAAGGCUGUCAUAUUCCAGAAGAUUUGCAACUGAAGUAUCAGAAAUGGGUGAGUCCUGACUACAUCCCUCAUGAGUUUAAAAAAAGAGGCUACAAACCAAGUACAACACAUCCAUUCUCAAAAGAAGUCUAUACACUGAUCAAGCCUAUGCUUGACAAUGUUUUUGCACCACUGCUAGCUGAAGACAGUGUUAUUGCUCGACUUCCUGAGGCUUUCAUUUUGACCUGUGAAUUUGAUGUGCUCAGAGACGAUGGACUGCUGUACAAGAAACGAUUAGAGGAUCAUGGUAUAAAAGUGACCUGGUGCCACCUGCAAGAGGGAUUCCAUGGAACAGUAUACUUAGCUGUUUGUGGUGGGGUGAUAGCAUUCCGAUCUGGAAAUAAAGGCCUGGAAAACAUAGUAAAUUUUCUAAGAUUGAUGUAA